AUGGUUGGCCAAGGGGACUGUCCAACGCUGCCAGCUCCAAUCAAUGUGCUGACCCUGGACGGUAUCAAAGCAGUCUUGGUGGUGCUGAACGAUGCCGAGACAGAGGCCAUCAAUGUUUGCCAAUCGGGGGCAGGGGUGGAAGGGCCAGAGCAUACUGCAGCUCGCUCAAGUCAACUGGCAGCAGUUCGCCCGGCAUGGUGGGAGGACGCCGUGGCCAACUCGGCUGCUGAGGCAGGUGGUUCAGUGGACUUCGAUUUCCGUGGAGCUCUGGCGCUGGGCUCUGAGCAAGGCAGCAGUGCGGUCAACAAUGGGCAUGAGCCAGAGGAUGAGCGUGAUCAGGACGACUGUUAUGUCACUGCCCUGAAUCAUUUUGCGGAGGAUGACGCAUAUGUGAGCCUCACUGCAGUGGAGCGCGACAAGUACAUCAACGUCGAUACGCCAAAGGUGUACUCCGGGCCCACGUCAAGUGAAUCAGAGGCAGAGCAAAGGGACUAUUGGAAGAGAAACUUCAUUGAUGAGAUCAUGGCUCAAACAGCAGCAAGCAAGAAUGAUCCUCAGGGUGACAUCCACACCCCUUCAUUCGAUGAGGAUGAGGUAGACUAUGACAGAGACUUGUUGGCACCAGUGAUCGAAGAGGAGAUCGACCAGAUGGAGGCAUGGCGUCGUUUCCGUGGAGAGCUCACUUUGGGUAGUUUUGCUUUGCAAGCAAUUGCUUUUGGCUAUACUCCAGGUUCCUUCAAAGCUGAAAUCAACGAGAUCGACAUGCCUCUGGGCACCGGCCCUGAGCAAGUCAAGGACGGCCACGAUGCCGAAGCAGUACAGCUCUACGAACGUUGCCUGACCAGUGCGCAGCUCUCCAAAGACGCUGCCUUGGAGGGCUCUGCAUGCCACAAGCUGGGCUUGUCAAAGCACAAGACGGGACAUUACGAGCAAGCCGUUGAGCUGCAAAAGCAAUAUCUGGACAUUUGCAGGAUCCAGGAUGAUCGUGUUGGGGAGAGUGCAGCUCGAGCUGCUUUGGCACAGGCCUAUGAGGCCACUGGCGACACACAAGAGGCCAUCAAGCAGCUGGAGAACCUGUUGAGCGUGGCUAGCGAAGCUGGAGAGCUCAAGGCCCAAGCAGGUGCAUGCCUAAACUUGGGCAUCCUCUACAAUAGCCGUGGCAACCAUGAGAAGUCUGUGGAGCUAUUGGAACAGCAUUUUGAUCUGGCAAGGCAGAUUGGAGAUCGGAAGCUGAUUGACUCUGCUC